CGCUUUGCCGCACCCAUUCCGUCCCUUUCUCUUUCGUUUCUUCUUCGCGACGCCUCCGUUCUAGAUCCGUCCGCUAGGUUUCCACUCAGGGAGGAACGAUGAGGGAGAUCAUCAGCAUUCACAUUGGACAGGCCGGGAUCCAGGUUGGGAAUGCCUGUUGGGAGUUGUACUGUCUCGAGCAUGGCAUCCAGCCCGACGGUAUAAUGCCCAGUGAUAGCACAGUUGGAAUGGCUUGCGAUGCCUUCAAUACGUUUUUCAGUGAAACUGGUGCUGGAAAGCAUGUACCUCGAGCCAUCUUUGUGGAUCUAGAGCCAACUGUCAUUGACGAAGUUAGAACUGGAACUUAUCGUCAGCUCUUCCAUCCCGAGCAGCUCAUCUCUGGGAAGGAAGAUGCUGCAAAUAACUUUGCCCGGGGUCAUUACACAGUGGGAAAGGAAAUCGUAGAUCUCUGUCUAGAUCGCGUCAGGAAACUCGCGGACAACUGCACUGGUCUGCAAGGGUUUUUAGUCUUCAAUGCUGUUGGUGGAGGUACUGGAUCUGGUUUGGGAUCUUUGCUCUUGGAGAGACUCUCUGUUGAUUAUGGCAAGAAGUCGAAGCUUGGGUUCACCAUCUAUCCUUCUCCUCAGGUCUCUACGGCGGUUGUGGAACCAUAUAACAGUGUCCUUUCAACUCAUUCUUUGCUUGAGCACACUGAUGUUGCUGUGCUUUUAGACAAUGAGGCCAUCUACGAUAUCUGCCGAAGGUCUUUAGAUAUUGAGCGUCCUACUUAUACCAACCUCAACAGAUUGAUUUCUCAGGUCAUAUCUUCCUUGACCACAUCUCUAAGAUUUGAUGGAGCAAUUAAUGUGGACAUCACGGAGUUCCAAACUAAUCUUGUCCCAUACCCUAGAAUUCACUUCAUGCUCUCCUCGUAUGCCCCGGUUAUUUCAGCUGAGAAAGCAUACCAUGAGCAAUUGUCGGUUCCUGAAAUCACAAAUGCGGUGUUCGAACCAUCCAGUAUGAUGGCUAAAUGUGACCCAAGACAUGGAAAAUACAUGGCUUGUUGUUUGAUGUACCGUGGAGAUGUUGUGCCUAAGGAUGUCAAUGCUGCCGUUGCGACCAUUAAAACUAAAAGAACUGUCCAGUUUGUGGACUGGUGCCCUACUGGUUUCAAGUGCGGUAUUAACUAUCAGCCGCCGACUGUGGUGCCUGGAGGUGACCUGGCCAAGGUUCAGCGUGCCGUAUGCAUGAUCAGUAACAACACUGCUGUUGCUGAAGUGUUCUCGAGAAUUGACCACAAGUUUGAUCUCAUGUACGCCAAGCGAGCCUUUGUCCACUGGUACGUCGGCGAAGGAAUGGAAGAAGGUGAGUUCUCCGAAGCACGAGAGGAUUUGGCUGCUCUCGAGAAGGACUAUGAGGAGGUCGGUGCUGAAGGUGCAGACGAAGAUGGUGAAGAGCCUGAAGAUUACUAAGUUGUCUCGUUUGCUAUUCUGGAAUUUGCUCUUUGUUUGCCUUCUGGUUCGUGGAUCAUUGUAUCAGGUUGAAGCUUUGUCAUGGUUUUGUGUUGGAAAUUUGGAUUGUUCAAGACCGUAAGCUAGAACUGGUUUAGCUAUUGUGCGUACAAUGUGAUCGACCUCAUGUCAUAUUCCUACUAUUUGAUUGUGCUAUACCUUAGCGAUUAGCAAA